AUGAUCACAACACAUUUGUGCACACUACAUUUAUCCACGCGAUAUUUCCGCACACUACAUUUGUACAUGCCACGUUUGCGAGCGCAACAUUUGCGUACACGGUUCUUGCUCACGCGAUGUUUGCGUGCACGACAUUUGCGUAAAAAUAUAACAAACAUGACAUUUCCGCAACCAUCAAAAAUUGUCACAUUGGAAAGUAUCAAUGGGGAAAAAUCCAAAAAAU